UACGUCUGUGUGUUUCUGACAGACCUGGGUUCAGCGGUGGCCAUGCUGGCGGGCGGGGGGAGGAUCCAGGGAGUGGUGCGCUUCCUGCAGCUGUCGGAGCAGCGGUGCCUGAUCGAUGGGACCAUUGAUGGGCUGGAGCCCGGACCCCACGGCCUCCACGUCCACACCCUGGGGGACCUGACCCAGGACUGCCUCAGUUGUGGAGAGCACUAUAACCCCUUUGGAAGACAACACGGCAGUCCAGGGGAUUCUGAAAGGCAUGUCGGUGAUCUGGGAAAUAUUGUCGCUGGACCAGAUGGCAGGGCUUCAUUUAGACAAGAGGACAGUCAGAUAAAGGUGUGGGAUGACGCCUGGUUGGGUGCGAUACCCUCUCCCAACAGACCGGGAACUCUUGGGGAAAGACUGGCCUGUGGGAUCAUCGCCCGAUCAGCAGGUCUUUUCCAAAAUGCAAAACAGAUUUGUGCGUGUGACGGGGUCACGCUGUGGGAGGAGAGAGACCGGCCCAUCGCAGGGAAAGGCCGGAGCAAAGCCAGCACAGAGACCCCUGCUGCACACCUCUGAACCUGAGACACAAACACGAUCAUAUCUCUAACCUGUGGACAGUAAAGGGCACAUCGGAGAGAAAUGCAGAGGACAUUUGCUGAUAGAGGGUCAAAGCUGAAGCGAGGAAAACAAAGAGUACUUAGGAAAACGUUUACACACAGCUGGACGGACGACCAAAGAUGAAAAGCCUUAGUUUCAUGAUUUCUUUCUUUGUGUCAAAAUCAAAUCCUCCUGCGGUCGCACACUAUGUCCUCGGAGGAUUCUAAAGCGGAUUAAAUCCACAUGGGACUUUGUGAAAGUCACCUUUGAUUAGCUAGAUUUAAUUUAAUAUGUUUGUAUAACCAGUCCCCUCUGACACGCUUGUCACAUCACUGUCUCAUUGGAUGUAUUGGCUGGGAUGAAUGCGCUGUAGUCUGGCAUUAAAAAUGUCUACUUUAAUUAUAUACGCCUCCUAAAAACAGUAGGAGUAUCUAUUAAGAGGAAAAUCAACACACAAAUGGGAUUACAAAGCGGUGUCAUGCUAAUAUUUAGUAUAUUCACUGUCAUGUAGACUUUCUCAACCUAAGUAACCUGUAACACUUAGUGUUUUUAUUGAGAAUGCAUUGAAAAAAUACCCAGAAAGGCUACAGAAAAGUCCAAAUACAAACCUAAAAUGUAGGACAAUUGGUGGAAACAUCAAAUGAUGGGCACUCCUGGUAGUAACUGUAGCCUAAACAUUGACAAUCCCAAAGUUAUGGAUUCACAUGUCCAGGAUGAAUCCCAAUGUGAUAUCUUAAAGAAAUCCAUCUAUGAAGGGUCACAAUAAGAGUGUGAUCGACGUAAAUAUUCGCCGUUAGCUGAAUUUGGACCUCACUUGUGUCCACCAUUGGUGUGUUCAUUUUGAAUCCAUAAGGUGGUGUGAGUGACUCGGCUAAGAGAGAUUUAAAAGAGAGAGAGAGAGAGUCAAAUUCCACCGAGAGUGAAAGGCCGAGGGGGGGUUAAAGUUUGAGGGGGGGCUUCCUUGAAGGACUGUUCCCUCAGCUGUCUUCACAACAUGGAGACUGGGUGUACAAUUACCUUAGCAGCUUACAGAAGAACUGUAAAUCGGCUUUGAAUCAACCACUGUAUUGUCUUGAUGAUUGAGGUAUAAUAUAAUAACGUAAAACCUCU